AUGCCUCCGGCCCCGACAAUCACGUCGGCUAAGCAGACAUUUGUCGCUGCGCAGACCAACAUCCUGUCCCAGCCCGUUGCGCCGUCUCGGGCCUGGCGCGCCUCCAACGACGCGUCCGAACAUGCGCUCCCGAAUCGCAUCGUCGAAGAUGCCGUCGCCAGCCUCAACCGCACGAUCCAGCAGCACUCCCGCCGAGUCUAUGCGCCUCAGGCAAACAGACAUGUGGCCGAGCAGAUCAGCCACGUGUACUCGAGGGAUGCCGAGCGCAGGAUGGAGAAUCCCGACGAUGCUGAGGGUGGAAUUGGAAGAGAACUCGAUCUGGUGGACGAAAAAGUCAUUGAAACAUUGCCUGCUACCUGGCCGUCAGACAGAGACGCCGAGGCCUACCCUCUGGAGGCUACACGCUAUACCGACACAGUUCGCCAGUUGGCCGAUCUAAACCAACAACGAAAAGAUCUACGCCAGAGGGUAGAACGACUCCGAGGUCUGCAGAGGACAGUCGAAUCCUUCCAGACCACAGACGGCGCGGGCGUCCAGGAGAAUCUCGUGACUCGCGAUGGUCCCGUAGAGAAGGAGCUCGAGAAGAUGCGCUUCCUCCUUGCGCGCGUUGCCGGCCGUGUGGGCGAGCUGUCGAAUGCACCUGCGACUCGAGAUGACGAUGGCGUGGAGUUUGGCGCUUUGGCUGAAGCGAGGAAGAAGAAUAUUGAGAAAUUUCUGGCGGACGGUCGUGUUUUCCCGUCUUGA